UAGCUUCAGGCAGAUUCAAGGAUGAACUCGUUUUCUUGUUUCACGAAUGUUUUCGCAAAUGACAGCUAAGUUUGAAGAAGUGCCUGGCCAAGUACUUUCAAAGUUCAGGUCAGCUGCGUCUGGGAGACAUUUCUCCUUUUAUUUUGUACAUUUAUUCUUCAAAUAUUAAGAGAGGAUUCACAAAGCUACAAGCUAGCCUGAAUCAAACUUGCCAGAUAUUACAGCAUGGCUACCUUAUCUCGAUCCUGUUGGACUAAGCUCCAGCUGAGACCACAGAACGUAAGAAAGAGCAUCUGUGCUUAUCCAAACCAAGAAUCCAGACACCACAGCUCAGAAAAUUACAAAAGGAGGGUUGUUAUUACUGGCAUAGGGUUAGUGUGUCCCUUGGGCACAGGCACUGCACUACCAUGGGACUGCCUGAUUAAAGGCCACAGUGGGAUUGUUGCCCUUGAUUCAGAAGAGUACAAGAAUGUUCCCUGUAAAGUGGCAGCACUGGUACCCAGAGGAAAUGAACCGGGUCAGUUUAAGGAGGAAAGCUUUGCUUCCCGUGGGGAGAUCAACAGCAUGUCACUAGCCACUGUAAUGGCUCUUGGAGCUGCUCAGCUGGCUCUGGAGGACUCAGGAUGGUACCCCAAAACCCCAGAGGAACAGCUUAAUACUGGGGUAUCUGUUGGCAUGGGCAUGGUGUCACUUGAUGAAAUCGCUCGCACCUCUGCUGCCUUCCACGAGAGGGGCUACAAGAAAGUUAGUCCCUUCUUUGUGCCUCGCAUACUUGUCAACAUGGCUGCUGGACACAUAAGUAUCAAACACAAACUGAAGGGUCCCAACCAUGCAGUGUCCACAGCAUGCACCACAGGUGCACACGCCAUAGGUGAUGCUGCCAGGUUCAUUGCCCAUGGGGAUGCAGUUGCUAUGGUUACUGGGGGAACAGAAUCCUGUGUGGAGCCUUUGUCAAUAGCUGGCUUUGCCAGGGCACGUGCUCUCGCCACCCAAUGGAAUGACAACCCCACACAAGCAUCGAGACCUUUUCACCCAGAGAGAGAGGGCUUUGUGAUGGGCGAGGGAGCAGCAGUGCUCCUUCUGGAGGAGCUGGACCACGCAGUUAAAAGAGGAGCCAGGAUCUACGCAGAGGUCCUGGGCUAUGGCCUCUCAGGGGACGCCAGCCAUAUCACUGCACCCACUGCAGACGGAGAUGGUGCAUUCAGGUGCAUGUCUGCAGCCCUCAGAGAUGCUAGCGUCUCACCGGCGGACGUGACAUACGUGAAUGCUCACGCCACUUCCACACCUUUGGGUGAUGCAGCUGAAAAUGCUGCCAUAAAGAGGCUCUUCCGGGAGAACCUUGAGAACCUGGCUGUUUCCUCUACCAAGGGAGCCACAGGACAUCUGCUUGGGGCCGCAGGGGCCCUGGAAGCAGCUUUCACAGCUUUGGCCUGCUACCACAGGGUUCUGCCCCCGACCCUCAACCUGGACCGCACCGAAGCAGAGUUCAACCUGAACUAUGUACCUUGCGCGGCACAGCCAUGGCAUACUCAUGGACGACGGGUUGCCCUCACAAACUCAUUUGGAUUUGGUGGCACCAACGCAUCCCUGUGUCUUGCCAGCUUAUGAUUAGUCUGUUUUUUUCCUCUGCUAAGAUAGAAUUUCACUAAUUAUUUUUCAGUAGAAUUGAACAGCAUGACUACUUUGUAUGAGAAGUUCUUAUGAACCAAUUUUAAGGAUAAGAAAAACCUAGGCUAUGAACUGCAAAGAUUACAUGCCAAAAGGGCAGUAUCCGAUGCCCUGGGAAGGAGACUGGGCUCUUAAUCAAUUGGCCACGAGAAGAAGUGUAUAAUGCGUUUUUAUGUAAAACCUUUAUCUGAAAAAUAACUAGUAACUGUAGUUGUCAAGUAAAUGUUGUGAAGUAAAAAAUAUAAAGUAGCAUACAAAAAUACCUCAAAAUGCUACUUAGCUACUGUAAUUUACUAAAUAUACUCAGUUGCUUUCCACCACUGUUUCCACCUAAGUUUCAAUCCCUAUACCUAUAUUAAAUUGCUUUGGCUGAAAA